UCAGGGAGUCGAUGGCUCAGGCGGGAGCUGGCCAUGAUUUCCACACGGGUGAUGGACUUUAAGCUCCGGGAGGCUGCUGAAGGCCUGGGGGAGGACAGCGCAGGAAAGAAAAAGUCCAAGUUCAAAACGUUUAAGAAGCUCUUCGGCAAGAAGAAGAGGAAGGACCCGCCCUCCUCCUCCGGAGGCAGCACCUGGAAGCAGAGUCAGGCGAAGAGCGAGGUCAUCGCCAUCGAGGCAGGGCCCGUGGGCUACGACUCGGAGGAUGAGCUCGAGGAGGCCCGGGGCGCGCUGGGCGGCCGGGCCCUCUCGCACGACAGCAUCUUCAUCCCGGAGUCCGGACCGGACCCCGCGCGGCCUGUGCGGGUGUUCUCCCAGGAGAACGUGUGCGACCGGAUCAAGGCUCUGCAGUUGAAGAUACAGUGCCACGUGAACAUGGGGCCGCCCCCGCCCGGGGGCCUCCCCGCCAAGCGGGGCGAGGACCCCGGCAUGAGCUCCGAGGACGACGGGCUGCCCCGGAGCCCCCCAGAGCUGUCCCUGCUGCCCGAGGCCGGGCCCGGCACGGCCGUGAAGGUCUCUUUGGCUUCCUCGUCCCGGCCGCCCUCUCCGGACCAGCCCUCCUCCGGGCCCCCGGGCGACGCCCUCGCCGGCCCCCGGACCGCGGCCAGCAGCGGGGCGCCCGUGGCUGACUUCAGCUGCCCGCCCGAGUCCUCCUCCUGCCUGGACAACUCCGCAGCCAAGCACAAGCUCCUGGUGAAGCCCCGCAACCAGCGCUCCAGCAAGAUGAGGCGCCUGUCCUCGCGGGCGCAGUCCGAGUCCCUGGGCGACCUGACCUGCACGCCGGAGGAGGAGGAGGAGGAGACGCCCGGUGCCGAGCGGCAGGCGGAGCCCCGGGGACCGGCCCCCGUGCUGCCGCCUGGGGGGCCCCGUGCCCGGCGGGCGCGCCUGCAGCACUGCCCCGCGCUCAGCGCCAGCGCCGAGGAGGUGGAAAGCCCCCCUGGCCGCCAGGCCACCCCGGAGGUCAUGGAGGUCACUGAGGUCGCGGAGCCCGUGCCAGGCCCAGCCCCUUGCUUGGAGUGCCCACUUUUGCCAGAAGACUCCCCGCACCCUGAUCCCGGCGGCAGACAUCACAGGCAGGAGCCAUCCCUGGAAAGCCCACGUCCCUGCUCUGAGGACGCAGCUGGAGACGCUGGGAGUUCGUCUCCCCACGUUCCCGAGGAGGACACGGCACCUCCUGGCACCUGCCCCGCCACCCCCGUGGAGGCUCCGCCAGGUCCCGGAGGGCCAGGCCACGGUGGGCAGGAGGGGGCGGGGCUGACGCUGGCAGUGCCCGGUCCCGAGGGCGCAGAGGGCACAGAGUGCUCGGAGGACCUCGCCCCACGCCCCCCAGCCUCCAGGAGCUGCCUGAAGCACCAGGCCCCGGCGAGGAGCCUCAGUGUGUCCCCCAGGCCGCCCGCCUCACCCCCACAGGAGCCUGCCCCCCAGUCACCCCCACAGGAGCCCGCCCCCUGUGCCCUGGACAAGGAGGCCGCCCCCCCGAAGGCCCCCAGCACGGAGCAGGGCGAGUCCCCGCAGCCGGGAGCCGAACCGGAGGCGCCGGAGCAGAAACUGGGGAGAGGGGGCGGCAGGCCCCGGGGCGGGAGGAAGUUCUCCGUGUCCUCGGGCCGGGCCUGGCCGCACGCGGGCCACAGGGAGCGGCCGGCGCGCCCGGGCCCCCUGGCCCCCGCCGCCCCCGCCGCCGCCCGGCUGCCCCUGGCGCGGAGCCGGCCGGCCUGGAGGAGCGAGGCCGCCCUGGAUGACCCCCCGGCGCCCCCAGAGCGCCCGAACGCCGCUGGGCACGGCCCUCAGGACUCGGGGGGCAGGGGGGCCGGCCCGGCCAGGCCCAGGCAGAGGCCCCCGGAGGCGGCGGCCACGCCCGCCACGGGGGAGCCCCGCCCCGCCGCCCAGGAGCCGCCCCCGAGCGCGGACAGGAGCCCCUUCCCCGUCAAGCUCCGGGCCACGUCCCUCUCCUUCAGACACAGAGACGUGCCCGCGCCCGAGGGGAAAGCAGCCAAGAGGUACAGCGCCGAAGUCAGGCUGGAGAAGGGAGGACUGGCGCUGCUCAUCAAAGACGACAAGUGUCACGCGGGGGCGCCCCCCACGAUCCGGGGAGCCAGGUCCCCCAGCGGCCAGGGGCAGGGGAAGGCCCAGGCGUCCGAGCAGGCGGGCUUCAAGCCACCCCUGCCCCGGAAGCCGCUUCUGCAAGCCCUCACCCUCCCGUGCCCGCCCGCGGGCCCGGCCCGGAGCCCCGGAGAGCCGGCCCCGGGGCCCCGGAAGGAGAGCCGGCCGGCGGAGAAGCGGCCGCCCCGCCGGGGAGCCGAGAAGGGCCUGCCUCCCGCAGCCCCGGGGCCUGGAGCCGAGGGCCAGUCUGGGCCGCCCUGGAUCACCAUCACCCCACAGAAGCGGCGAGGGGCCCCGGAGCAGCCGCCCAACCAGGAGGACAAGCCUGGGGCCCAGACCCUGGAGCCCGAGAUAGGAAAGCCAGCCAAGGCACCCGAGAGGGCCCAGGGGCCCGCGAGGCAAGCCGACUUCAUCCGCAGCAAGUCCUUCCUGAUCACCCCGGCGAAGCCCGCGGACCGCCGGCAGGGGAGCAAGCUCUGCCUCCAGGAGGGGCUGCAAAGAGGGAUCUCCUUGUCCCACCAGAACUUGGCAGCCCAGGCGGCGGCGAUGGCGGAGAGGGAGCUGCACCAGCUGAAGAGAGCCAGCUAUGCCAGUGCCGAGCAGCCGUCCUGGAUGGAGCUCGCCAGAAAGAAGGCUCAGGCGUGGAGUGACAUGCCCCAGAUCAUAAAAUAGGCUGACAGCGUGUGACAAAAAUGCCCACCACCCUGACUGACGGGUCACGUUCGUGAAAAAACUGCCACUGAAGGCAAAGACGCUGAACCGUAGGAGUGAUUUUUAUCAUCCGGCUGGGGAGGAGGGAGCCAGGCCAACAGGGAGGACAGACACACAGCCAAGGGCCUGGCCAGCAGGGCCUGCAAACAAGAACACCAUUGAGAAGGUGUUCGAGGAGCAAGGCCUGGUGCCCGGAGGUCUGAAUGCCAGUCUUUCAGGAUCGCCUUCAUCAAAGGAGCUCCAACACGGAAGAAGCCGUGAAACACGGAUGCAAAACUGGGACCCGGAGAGCGUGUGUCUGUGCCUCCCCCUGAGAUCCGCUGUGUCUGCGGCCGCAGCCCCACCUGCGGGUCCUGCCUGCUCCUCUCCUUCCCUCGUGGGCGUGGUAUUUGUGGUACGUAAGGAUGCCGCUGCCAAGAACAGGGAUAAAGCAGCCAGUUUUCCUGAAGACAGACACUCUGUGAAGGGGCGGGAAGAGCACAGCAGGGCGCAUCAACUCACAGACCGUUUCCAACAAUAAUUUUUAAAAUUUUCCACUAGGCAUCUGUGUCCUUAGCCGUUACACAACAUAUUCAUUGCCUGUUCAAUAAAAGCUUUCAAACA